AUGGUGAUCUCCAUGCUCUUCGCAUCGAUCGCGCUGGUGCGGGCGCUUACGUCGGAGGAGGAGCAGCCUUCCGUGCCGAGGGAGCUUUCCGACGAGGAUUUUCAGCUGGAGGGCGAGGAGAUCUUCCUGGAGGGGGAGGAGACCUGUGCAGUGUGUCUGGAGACCUUCAGUGGUGAAGGAGCCCUGAAGCUGCGCUGCAGCCACUGCUUCCAUCGAGGCUGCAUCCUGGAUUGGUGCAGACACAAUGCCUCCAAGGUGGAACAUGUUCGAGUGCCGUGUCCUCUCUGUCGGCAGUGCCUCCUGACGACUCCAGACAGCGCCAAGGAGUGA